GGAGAAGACAAGUUCUCUGCGGAAGGAGCGUCAUAAACACAGUCUAAAAUAGUCCACGUGAGGGGCAGGGGAGGGGACCGGCUUUGCUUGUCACAAAGGGCUGACCUUGAUAGGGUGAGGUUCUUCGUGAAGAUUUAUUAGGAAGGCAGAGUUAGAUCCACCACCCGCUGGUUCACUCCCCAAAUGGCCCCAAACCGGGCACUGGGUCUGGGCAGGCAGAAGCCGGAGCCCAGGACUCCAUCCCGGUGUCCCAUGAGGGUACAGGCUUGUGCUGCGGCUUCCCCAGGUGCACUAGCAAGGAGCUGAAUCCCAAGUGGAGCGACCAGGACUCGAACCUGUGCUCCUGAGGGGUGAGAGUGGCUUAGGCCGCUGCACCUCAACGCGGGCCCCAAAACUAGCGGUGCCAGGAGGAGAGCUGAGACCAACCCAGCGGAGACCGGACGCCUCCCACAGAGAUGCAGAUGGGCCGGCGCUGGCAUCCACCCCUCCUACAGACAUGCAAAUGUCCGGCCCUAGGGUUGCUUGCGUUCUUCCCCUGGAAUGGCGAGGGUGAGCCCACAGACGCUCAUUUUUCGUGGGGAGCCACACGGGAGCCCAGUAGCAGGAGCGGUGGCCCUCGACUCAGGGGUGCGUGGCCGAGUCCCCCGCCCGUGCUCUCUCGCAGGAGCGCGGGCUCAUCCGGAGGGCUGUCGCCUGGACCUUGGUCAUCAGCUUCAUAGGGCAGUCAAAGCUGGGGCUGUCCAUGCGGCCGCGCGUGCCCAAAGGGAAGGUCAGGAGGCGCCUGUGCUGUUGGCCUGGUCUCCCAGAUGUACUACUGGCUGAAGAGGGACGGGCGGGGGAGGCACGUCUUGUGUCACAAGGCACAGAAGGCCUCUGGGACAAUCCCGCAGCAGCUUACCUGGGUUGACCCUGAGGGAGGGGACCAGGUCUCUGCCUGGGGGAGGGGGCGCUGACCUCACAAGCCCACAGCCACUGGUGGCCAGAGGAGGGGAGGUGGAGGACAAUGGACUGGGGGGAUCACGCCCCAGAAUCUGGGCUGGGCCCUCCUCACCCCCGACCACAGGGGCUCCCAGUGGUACCGUGCGCGAGUGUGGCUAAGGGGAAAGCGAGAUCUCUUGGUCCAAAAUGUGCUCUUCCCCCGAACACGUCAGCAGGGGGAGUUUUGAAUGGACAAGUGGGACCGGUGUCCUGGCAUAGCAGCCGGAUUGGAAGAGGAGCAUCUGGGACUAGAACCAGCAUUCAAAUAGGAUGCCAGCGCCACAGGUGGAGGCCCAGCCUACCACACCACAGCACCACCACCCCCGGAAGGUUUUGUUAUGCAAAUGUUACCAUUCACCAGGCUAAACGCAGGCACGGCCCGAGCUGGAAUCCAGUCGUGGGUCUGCUCCGACGCUGUCUCUCCCUGAGUUCGGUCGGUGCCCGGGAGGAGGGCUUUGUACUUCCAGAAGGAAGUUGGUGCUGGUGCAAGGGUAGUGGAGCUGGAGCAGCCACAGAAGGGGCAGAAGGGGACUUGUCACGCGGGCCGGCCAGGAUUCACCUGGAGCUGGCGCCACCGACCACCUCUCACAGGUUCGGCAAGGAGCGGUCAGAGCCCAGCUCCUCCCCCGAGCUGCCCAUCUUCUCACACAGGGGAGGCCUGGCUGGCGUUCCUGGCUCCUGGUUUUGGACUGGCUCAGCCCUGGUUAUUGUGGCCUUCUGGGGAGUGAACAGUGAAUGGAACUUCUUUCUCUCUGGCUCAGAAUUUCAAGUGGAAGCAGAAGCUCCGGAACAGAACCUGAUCAGCGACACUGCCGUGCGCAGCGCAGCGGAGGCACCAGGUUCUCCUGCCGUCUCUCGGCCCCGGCGAGGCGACCGGUGCGCCUGCAGCUCCGCUCUCCGGGGUGGCACAGCACAUUCCGCCCAGGGAUACGGCUCCUGUUCCACUCAGCAGACCCACCAAAGGCAGUUGUAA